AUGGAGCGCGACAGCGAUGGCCACGGGCUGCCGGCAUUGAAGACGCACAGCGGCUACGUGGAAGAGUUGGAAAAGUCUCUGAAGAACAUCAGCCCGCUUGCCGUAGGCGUAGGUGCCGGAGCGGGAGGCCUCUCGAGUGCUGUGCUUGCUGCCCUGCUGGGUCACUUCAGGGAUUCUUCUUCAGGGCCUGAGCCUUUCGUGUGCCCCUCGAACCCCUUUAGUGACCCGGCGCCUCGGCUUGACUUUUACUUUGGGCUGGCACUGGGCACUCUUCUGGGCAUAGCUGCGGGCGCUCUUCUGGACCUCAUUUAUCUGGCUCGGCAGCACCUUACAGUUUCGCUGCGCAACCGCUUGGCGAGCCUGACUUUAUCGAGGCUGGAACUGGUGGAGCAGGAUAAUCGUGAUCUACGGGCUCGGGUGUCGCGCCUCGAGUCUGAGGGCUACGUGCUUGUGCGCGACGGACAGGAGCGGCCAGCCACUCCUCCGCGAUCGGCGGGGAAUCACCUGCCCUACCCGGCUCAGGCCUCUUCUCCCGAGCUUCCUCAGGCGGCGGCCUCCUCUUCUACCUUGGCACCCUCGUCGGUUUCUUCGGCGGCUCCUUCUGAGAACCUCCGGCAGCAAGUGGCGGACGAGAUUGGGGCUUAUCUUAAGCGUUGCUUGGCGGGGAACAACCGUGGGAGCAGCGGCCGUGAGAAGGUCAAUUUGGCCAACCGGAUCUACGUGGUGGUGCGGGACAAGGACGACCGGAUCUACGACCCCGUCCGCGUGUGCCACUCGUGGCGCGACACCCAGCCUCUGGUGACCCUGGGGCCUGGACCUGGGAGGCAGUUCGGUGACAGCGUCUUCGUUGGCUUCCCGUCGCAGUGGGAGGCUAAGCGGGCAGUGGCGGCAGCAGGCUUGAGCUGGCCUGCCGAUGGUCCCGAUUUUGACUACGGCUUGCUGGCCAUCCGGGGCACCGUGGCAGAAGCUUCUCCUUGGGUGGCUUUGGUGGUGGCCGGCGAGGGCGAGGACGGCGAGAUCAUCGUGGCGCUGCCGGGCAAGGCCCCUUUGGACAACCUCAGCGUUCGCCUGUGGAUCGGCCGCCUCAGCUCCGACUGGCCUCGCUACGCCGAGGUGGUGGUGGUCGGGGAGGUGGAUCUGGAGCUCGGCGCGACCUUUGGCGACACCCUCGAGGCCGAGCACACCGACUGCAUUCCCUUUGCCUCCGACCUGGUGGAAGCGGCGGGGGACCGGAUCUCGUACCAGACGGCGGAGGAGGAGCCGGACUUGCUGCAGCCAGCGGCUUCGGAUCGUGGCGGCCCUCCGCCAGCAUGGGCCACCCGGGUGGAGGAACUGGAGCGGGGCAUGACCGACGUGCAGAAGGGCAUCCAGGAGAUUCUGGGCAAGCUCGGCGGGCCUGGGGAACGGAAGGCCGAGAAGCCAGCAGCGCCGCGGCCCUCUGCGCUUCGCCCUCGGAGCGCUCACCCUACAGGCGCGACUUUGACUGGUCUGGACCCGGCGGUGGUACAAGCAGCUCGGGCGGCUGGAGUUCCGGAGAGCCACUUGGCAGAGAUGGCGCAGGUGGUGUCCCAGAGCCGGACAAAGCUCAAGGACCCGGCUCCUGCUACAGCCGGGCCUUCCCGGCCCCAAGGCGUCAGCGCCGGGCCUUUGGACGAGACCGAGGAGGAGGACGACGCCGAGGAGGAUGUUCCCCUUCCGGGCGGCGACCAGAUGGUGGCUGCAAUCACGAAGCUGACCGCCGUCGCCGAGAGCCUUUCUGCUUGGAAGCGCCGGGCCACCACUCUGGAGGGACUGCUGGAGGGCAACACAGGCGCCGACGGAUCUGGUUCAGCCGGAGCUGGGCGACGCAACGCGGCUGCUUUGAAGAUCCUGCGCCGUGGUUUGGUGGAGCGGCCACGGGAGCUGGCCGACGGCAUGCUGGAGCGUAUGGGCGCAGACUUUGGAUUUUCAAGGAGUUUGCCAGGGGCCGACCGAGUGCCGGUCACGGCCCGCGCCUGGGUGGAGAGCCGGGCCCGUAUCCAGCAGCAGUUCCCGACUACGGUCAGGAUGGCGUGGAUUUUGUCGGGGAUCGUCGACGCCCUGGCCCGUGGGGACAACGACGAGGGCUUGGCUCGUUCCUUGGUGGGCUUAGCGGCGAUCGAGCAGCUGAGCUUGGACCGCGGCAGCUGGACGCUGGCCGAACCGAUGUUGUUGGAGGAGCCGGCUCCUCUCAGCAGUUUCCAUGGAAGGCAGAUGCCGACGGGAAGCGAGCAGCCCUUCACUCGCCUUCUGGACGCUCGCUCCAUCGAUCAGGUGCGGGAGGUGGACGAGUAUUUGGAAAGGCGCCGGCGACUGGGUUCUCGACGAGCUGGCCCGACCGCCCCCACGGACGAGGACGAGGACGGCGAGAAGGACCACGGCGCAGGCGAGGAUCCCCGAGGCUGGCGGGGAAAACCAAAGGCGAAGCCCAAGGCAAAGACCGCCGCGGGCCGGGGCGAGACUGCAUGA